AGACACGAACGCCUGCUCAGGCGGUCUUACAUAGCCCGUCACAUGUGAAAGACGUAUUUGCCCUCAAUUUGGAGUGUUGGUUGUGUUGGCGUAGAAAUCCGCCUUACCAGUAGAGAGGCGUGCGAAUGACACCCAAGCGAUGCAGAGAUAAUAGGUGGACCAUGCCGGACACAAGCAUUUUGGAAACAUGGUUCAAGGAAAGAGCCUUGCAUUCGCCCCCGCAAAUGACCGGUCGACCGGUGUUGGGUUGGAGAUCCAGGCGACGAUGCAUCAAAUAUGGGAAUGCUAUCCCCUGUCCCACAGCCUACCCAAGACAAAACAUUGUCGGAAGCCCCCCAAAAGGCCCAUGCAGAUAGCCAAGGCAGUGCCAGUCGUGUCAUAAGGGUAGCCUCCUUCAAUAAUCUAAACUUGGACCCGGCAUGUCCACAAAUCGUGACGCCUGCCCAGGAUCCAUUGAAGUCGCGACCGCAUGCCUCAGGAGCCAAUGUCUCACUCGCUCCGGGGGAGAGGCCACCGGGCACAACCACGCUUCCACUCCGACGAACUCAUGUUCGCCGCCCAACCACGUUGUGGCAAGGAUCAACGUUGGUCCCGUAUAAGGUGAGUUCUGACGACUCGGCCAAUAGCUUGGCUCAGCACAGUUACGGACCGCGAAUACGGCCACCCAUAGCGGAUCCUUCAUAUGAUCUGGAUUUGUGUAUUGGCAUGUAUCAGGAGCUAAUUUAGGCUCGUGUCGAAGCUGCUGGAGCCUAUGUUGCUGCGUGCCUACAAUUGGAUUGACCUGGUCACCGGUGAAUGAAAUGUUUGAUCAGCGAGUGAUAGUUGUCCUUUGCAGUGCAGUUCCAAUUGACGCUUUCG